CGGGCAGGGAGGCUGAUGACAUUGUCAACUGGCUGAAGAAGCGCACUGGCCCCGCUGCCACCACCCUGGCUGAUGCUGCUGCAGCAGAGACACUGGUGGACUCCAGUGAAGUGGUUGUCAUUGGCUUCUUCAAGGAUUUGACAUCCGAGCCUGCAAAGGAGUUCCUGUUGGCAGCAGAAGCUGUGGAUGAUAUUCCUUUUGGGAUUUCCUCUAGUGCUGAUGUCUUCACCAAGUACCAGCUUAGCAAGGACGGCGUGGUCCUCUUCAAGAAGUUUGAUGAAGGUCGUAACAACUUUGAAGGGGAUCUUGUGAAAGAUAAUUUACUGAGCUUCAUCAAGGCUAAUGCAUUGCCUCUGGUCAUAGAGUUCACUGAACAGACUGCUCCUAAAAUCUUUGGAGGUGAGAUCAAGACUCAUAUUCUGCUGUUCCUACCAAAAAGUGUGUCUGACUAUCAGGAGAAGCUGGACAACUUCAAGAGUGCAGCUGGAAACUUCAAAGGGAAGAUCCUGUUCAUCUUCAUAGACAGUGACCACAGUGACAACCAGAGGAUUUUGGAGUUUUUUGGCCUAAAGAAAGAGGAAUGUCCAGCUGUGCGUCUUAUCACACUGGAGGAAGAAAUGACCAAAUACAAACCUGAAUCAGAUGACCUCACAGCAGACAAGAUCAAAGAGUUCUGUAACAAGUUCUUGGAGGGCAAGAUCAAGCCCCACCUGAUGAGUCAGGAUCUUCCUGAAGACUGGGACAAGCAGCCUGUCAAAGUUCUAGUUGGCAAGAACUUUGAAGAAGUUGCUUUUGAUGAGAAUAAAAAUGUCUUUGUAGAGUUUUAUGCCCCCUGGUGUGGUCACUGUAAGCAGCUGGCUCCUAUCUGGGACAAGCUGGGAGAGACCUACAGGGACCACGAGAACAUUGUCAUUGCCAAGAUGGACUCGACAGCCAAUGAAGUGGAGGCAGUGAAAAUCCACAGCUUCCCCACACUCAAGUUCUUCCCUGCAGGCCCUGGCAGAAAUGUAAUUGACUAUAAUGGGGAGAGGACACUAGAAGGCUUCAAAAAAUUCCUGGAGAGUGGAGGUCAGGAUGGGGCAGCAGCUGAUGAUGAUCUGGAAGAUGUGGAGACAGAUGAAGAAACAGACCUUGAGGAAGGUGGUGAUGAUGAUGAGCAGAAAAUGCGCAAGGAUGAAUUAUGAAGAGAAGACUGAUCCACAGCACCCCAAAAAAAAAUCAGACACUAAAUUGGCUGCUGUUAGCAGCCCCGUGAGGCAGAAACCCAUUGAGAUUUAAAGCAGAAGGUGAAUGACUGGAAAUCCAGAGAUUGGCCUCUAAAGUAACACUUUACCCUCAUUUGGCUGUACACUUUCUUUUCUUUCUUUUUUGCUUUUGAGAAGGGAUCUGUCACUAGGUAGCCAGCUGGGCUCAUUUUUUUUGUGAUGUACUUUUUUGUACACAGCUUUUGUUUGAUGUAUUCUGUUCCUCUGGGUAGAUGCAGACUGUGAAGCAGUAGCACAAGUUCAAUGGCCCAGCGUUCUGGAGCCUUGCCACUAACAUCUUCCAAGAAAGCUUUUUUCUGUU